CAACUAAGUUCAUGAGUAACUUAUUCCUUUAAUUUACGUUGUGUGGCGCAGGGACUGUGAGCGGACUCUUGUAAUUGUUAUUUGUUAUAAAAUGCCGUCAGCUAUGGAAUCAAAACCUAUUAGUUGGGCAGAUCAAGUAGAGCAAGGUGAAGCUGAUUUGCAACCAGCUGGAGAAGUUAUUGUUGGAGAUAAGAAAAUUGUUACGGAAUACAAAGUAAAUGAUGAAGGCAAAAAGGUUAAGAUUGUCCGUUACUACAAAAUUGAAAGGAAGAUGGUUUCUAAAUCCAUUGCAUACCGAAAAGCAUGGAAGAAGUUCGGUUUAGCUGGAAACGAUCCACCUGGUCCAAAUCCAGCUAAUACUAUUGUUUGUGAAGAAAUAUUUAUGCAGUUCCUUUCAAAUAAAGAGGAAGAGAAAGGCCAAGAGGAAGAUCCAUUAGCUAAACUGAAAGGUCAAAAAAUGGUAAAAUGUCGUAUUUGUAAAGAUGAUCAUUGGACUACCCAGUGUCCUUACAAAGACAAAUUAGGCACAUUGCCUGACUUGUUAAAAGAGGAGCCAAAACCUGUUACACCUAAUCCUCAAGUUGAAGAAAAAGUAAAAGCUGGCAAAUAUGUACCUCCUAGCAUGAGAGAAGGAGCUAAUAGGCGUGGAGAAUCAAUGACUCCUUCAAGAACAAGAGAUGAGGCAGCAACUAUCCGUGUGACAAAUCUGUCUGAAGACGUUAGAGAUCCAGAUCUGCAGGAACUAUUCAGACCAUUUGGAACUAUUGCUCGUAUUUACUUGGCAAAGGAUAAAGCUACAGGUCAAUCAAAGGGUUUUGCUUUCAUAAGUUAUCAUCGGCGAGAAGAUGCUGCUAGGGCCAUUCAGUGUGUCAAUGGAUAUGGUUAUGAUAAUCUGAUUUUGAGUGUAGAAUGGGCAAAGCCUUCUGGAACAAAUUAAAGAAAAUUAACGAGUUUAUGUAUAUCUUUGUAUAUCAAUAAAGAUUUUUGUGAAAUGUG